AACACGUGAAAUCCCAACAGCAGCCAUGAAAAAGACAAAGACGGCUAAGGGAAAACAAGAAAAACCAGUUGAGAAGAAACAUCUGAAGGACGAAAAAAACAAAGGAGUCCCACCACGAAAAGAAGCUCCACAACAUCACAACCUGACAUCAGCUCCUGUCCGCUACUUUCAAUGUGUCUUCCUAAAUGGACCUAAUGGAUUUGGACUGCAAUUUCCUACUAAUCCCCCUUCAAACAAGGAAGAAAAGACUCACUCUAAGACUUCCAAGAGAAGGACAAGGAAACCAGGGCAGUAGAGAGACUGACUCCUGUGUUCACUCACAUUUUGCACUUUAUAUUUUCUGCUGAGGUCCACAGUAGUUACAGUGGUACUUGUCAUUGCAAGAAUGUGAUCCACUCGGACACAUGUACCUGGAAAAUGUUUCCAUGGGGCAGAGGCAAAACAAGCAGUAAUGAACUGUGUUUGACAAAGGUAGAAAUGUAAAAGUGCCCCAUUUCUCGUGGAAACGCUGCAAUGUUAACAAAGUGUUGACACGAUUGUGUGUGUGAGUGUGUGUGUGUGUGUGUUUUCCUGCCUCUUUUGCUCUUGUUUUUCUUUACCUACCUGCUCAGCAUAGGAGUCUGUUUUCCAUUUAAUUUUAUCUAGGGAGAGAAAGGUUGAAUGUAGCUCUUAUAUCAGCAAGAUUGCAAGUCUACCUGCAAUCCUAAAUCAUUUCUUCUUAACGUUCAAUCAAAUUGCUGACGGGAAAAAGCCUCACUAAGUCAUGAAAAUGUGUUCUGUGACUGGUGCUAUUUUUAUGUCUCAUUGACCAGUGUAGCCUGAAGCUCACACUUAUUUGGAGCAGCUCAAUAUACUAUCAGUAAGUUGACUCCACAAGUCACGUUAAUGAUGAAUAUUCCUAUUUAACUUGAAGCAGUAAAUGCUUGGUCUGUUUGCCCUGCCUGUUGAUGAAAUACAAACUCUUCACUUCCUAAAGCCUGAAGUGAGCAGAGAAAGUGAAACAACAUGGCAAAAGUGAGGAAAACCAGUGCUUUACCAAUAUGAAGAUCCCAAGAAACAAAUGAAAUAAUUUUAGUACUUCUAUUUAUCUUCUGUGGGCAAAUCAGAUUGACUUGCAGUGAAAACCAUGUAAAUGGAGAAUAUACCAGCCAACUAUUUGCUAUUAGAAAAAUUAGAAGAAAAGCUAUGAUGUGAGAUGCCAGUCAUGAAACUAAGGCAACCCAAAAUUCCAACAGGUAAACAUGCCAGUUUGAUGCAAUCUCAGAUCAGUGAACAAAAAAGCCCA